UGGCACUUGCAGUAUUGGGGCUUGGGAUCUGCAGCAGUCGUAGAGUUCUCUGUAUAGCAGUGUGUGUGCUAGUUUGGGUUCAGCAUUGUUCUUCAUACCUGUUGUGUGGACUCUGCCUCAGGAUCUGUUUCUUUUUUCCCCCCUCAGCCUGCAGGAUGUCCUGACUGGUCCCUCAUCCUGAGCUCAGGAGUUGUCACCUCCUGGGCUCUAGACAAUGAAAGCGGAGAGUGAAACUGAGCUGAGCUGGAGCCUGCUCCUUGCACCUGGCCUGAGUGAAAGCCACCGUCUCCCUGCGAGGAAGAGAGCCAGAUCCACUAUUGGGGUACAAGGCAGAUCUCUCGUGGCAUGGAGCUGAGUGCUGACAGAAAGUGACUAAGUGACUAGCUUCUUAAACAGUGGUACCGAGCUCUACUCUUAUUCUAGAACACUUCUCCAGGAUAGAGUCCAGACAUGGCAGCACCGUGUCCGCUGUGAGUGCAGCAAGAAACUUGGACCCAGAGUAUGGGGCCCCUGGUCCCACUGCUGCUGGGGGCCCUGAUUUGGGUCUGUGUCUGGACAGAUGACCCCAGCAAAGUGAUAUCCGACCGGUAUGCAGUCUAUUGGAACAAGAGUAACCCCAGGUUCCAUCAUGGUGACUACACUGUGGAUGUGAGUAUCAAUGACUACCUGGAUAUUUACUGCCCCCAUUACGAAAUUCCACUCCCAGGAGAUAAAAUGGAGCGCUAUAUACUGUAUAUGGUCAAUUAUGAUGGCCAUGCCUCCUGUGACCAUCGUCAGAAGGGGUUCAAAAGAUGGGAGUGCAACCGACCAGAUUCUCCUAAUGGACCAUUGAAGUUUUCAGAGAAAUUCCAGCUGUUUACGCCUUUCUCUCUGGGGUUCGAGUUUCGUCCUGGACAUGAGUAUUAUUAUAUUUCCUCCACCCCUCCCAACUUGGUGGAUAAACCUUGUCUCAGGCUGAAAGUUUACGUACGUCCAACAAAUGAUUCUCUUUACGAGUCUCCGGAGCCUAUCUUCACCAGCAAUAAUUCGGGCCUAAGUCUCAGGGUCCCUCACUCCAGCCUUGGUUUUCUUCUGUUUUGGACUAUCAUAGUCUUGUAGCUAUUUGAUGGUGAAACAUCAGCAUACAGAAGAGGGA